UUGCUUUACAGUUGUUCUUGCUCAGUAUAGGUGACUGUGUUGGUGUGAGUUUGGAGAAUGAUGGCACCAGAUGAAGAAAGUUCAGAUAUCAUUAGUGAAUAUAUAUCGUUUGAUGAGAACGAGGAAGAGGACAUCGAAGAACACUUUAAUCGAAGAUUUAAAUUUUUAAAAGCUGUGGGAGUUUUCAUUGGUCGCAAAGAUGAGGAUGGUAGAUAUACCUUUGAUACAAAAAGGCUCCUCUUGGCAUACAUUACAUGGUACUUCAUUCCAAUGCUGACAUUUGUCUUGGCAGAGUUAUGGUAUAUGUUUGAGGACCAUCAAAACACGGUCCUCUUUGACAUUUUCCAGUCGCCAGUGUUUGUAGGUGUCUGUGUUGUACUGCCGCUGAUAAAAACACAUUCUCUGAAGAGCAUCACAGAAACACUACAGAGAAAUAUGGAAGCUUUGCCCAAGCUUCCUAAAGAGCAAUGUAAGCACUCAAGAGAAAAAGAUAACUCAAAGGCUAACAAUAAAAGUGAAUCAGUAAGUGUAGUUGCUGGGACAGGAAUAUUUUCCAUAACUGUAUUUCUGUUUUAUACAAUAUACGAACUGAUAGCAUACUCCGAGGAAACAUUUACCAGUCUAUUAGAUGAACUUCCACCUUUGCUGGUUGAUUUGAUUUACCAGAUUCUGCCAUUUAUGACAACCUUGUUGAUUAUAACCUUUCUGGAUUAUUAUUCAAAGCUUUAUGACCAUCUGCGCUUUAAGCUGAAAGACCUCUGCGAUCACUGGUCGGACGAGGGUGCAAAAGAACUCCAAAAAAAGAUAGAAGAUACUCAGCACACUUUCAGGUUGCUGAUGACUGGUUUCUUGCAGUACGCCCUUACAACCAAUGUCACUAUCAUUUCGCUCUUGGCCAUUUUCACCACUUACCGGCUAUCUCAGGGGGCACAUGAGAUCGUCUACCUGCUUCCUGGGGGAGUAAGCACCGUUAUGGUUCUCCUCAUAGCCUUCCACGUCCACACGCUACGUCGAAAGGGUGAAAGCUUGAGCCGCCUCGCCCGGGCCAAGGCGCGAGAAGCCCGCGGCGGCGAGCCAGGGAGGUACGGGGCCCUGAGAACCCUCCAGGCGGUGCUGCAGGAGGCCCCGCCCGAGGCAAGGAUCUACGGCAACCUCCCCGUCGGCUACGGCCUCAUCCCCCUCUUGGCGGUGUUCGUCUUGGCUUACACGGGCCUCCUCUCGUCAUCGGAUUCGGACGUGGUGUUGACUCUGGAGGGGGUGGAGGGGGCAGUCAACAUGUCGCUGGCCCGGGGGAAGGUCAGGCAGUCAUGCAGGUGCUCAUGAGGGGCCACUCGAGAAUCACCGUGUCACCAAAAACGUGAUAAGGAAAUGCAUGAUCCUAACGACUGCCAUUAGAUGCAGGAGAAACCUUUUUUGAGGUUUCAUAUAAUUGAUUGUACGUGCAGUAAUAGAAUGGGAUUAUAGUUUUUUGUCCUUAAUUUUCCUAACAUUUGAUUAUAUAAAUGUAUAGAAUUAUCCAUUUCUAUACAUGUAAACUUUUAUCAAAAUGUCUCGCUACGUUAAGACAUUCAUGUGUGCAUUAAAUUAAAAACUUAACAAUAUCCUGGGAUGAAUUAUCUAAUCGUUACUUAUAAAUAAUUCAAACUUCA